GGCUUUACCUCAUCUGUGCGAUGCAUGAUUAGAGUUAAAUGGGGUUUUUUGUAGUUGUUUUUGAUCAACAACUGACUGUAAAGAACAGAAAUGGUAUUAAAAGAGAUAUUAUUCAAUGACAAAUGGGUUGCAUGGAUCUCGUCCUUGGACACACAUUACACGGAGCAACUUUUACUCUCAACACGCUGUGAAAGGAUAUCGCUGCUGAACACUUCACGACUAAACUACACAAUUACUGGAACAACAUCGAAGUAAACUAUAGCAAGUUUAACACAUGAACAGUAUGAUAUGACUAUUGUCAUAUGGGAGAACUGAAAUAAAGUAAACUGUCAUGAUUCCCAUCACUGAACUUCGGUACUUUGUUGACACACAGCCGGCAUACCGAAUUCUUAAACCAUGGUGGGACGUGUUCACAGACUACAUCUCCAUCGUAAUGCUGAUGAUUGCAGUGUUCGGUGGCACGCUGCAGGUCACGCAGGACAAAAUGAUUUGCCUGCCAUGCAAAUGGGUCGUGAACCAGACCUGCCAACAACUCGACACCAGCGCGCCACUUGAUCCUGAACCGACGGGCAUCAAAUAUGACCUCGACAGACACCAGUAUAACUAUGUGGACGCUGUAUGUUAUGAAAACAAGCUCCACUGGUUUGCGAAGUAUUUCCCAUAUCUGGUGUUGCUGCACACGCUCAUUUUUCUAGCUUGUAGCAACUUCUGGUUUAAGUUUCCAAGGACCAGUUCGAAGCUGGAGCAUUUCGUGUCGAUUCUGCUGAAAUGUUUUGACUCCCCGUGGACAACGAGAGCGCUGUCUGAAACAGUGGUGGAGGAGAGUGACCCAAAACAGGCAGGGAAGAUGAACGGAUCGAUGGACAAAAAAACGUUGAGUGUCAAUGACCAGGAUGUGGAGGCAAGUGUUCCGAUGCUGCAAAGGACCAAGUCUCGGAUUGAACAGGGCAUCGUGGACCGCUCCGAGACGGGUGUCUUGGAUAAGAAAGAGGGCGAGCAGGCCAAAGCACUGUUUGAAAAGGUGAAGAAAUUCCGUAUCCACGUUGAAGAGGGAGACAUCGUACACCAUCUUUACAUCCGCCAAACAAUCAUCAAAGUCAUGCAAUUCAUCUUUAUCAUCUGCUACACCAUGUACUACGUUCACUACAUUAAGUUUAGCGUAAAGUGUACCGUGGACAUCAAGCGGUUGACUGGUUAUAGCAUGUACCGCUGCGCUCAUCCGCUCGCGACACUUUUUAAAAUCCUGGCCUGCUUCUACAUCAGUCUGGUGAUGGUUUACGGCCUCAUUUGCAUGUACACGCUCUACUGGAUAAUUAGCAGCUCGCUAAGACGCUACUCUUUCGAGUCGAUCCGCGAGGAGAGCAGGUAUAGCGACAUCCCCGACGUGAAAAAUGACUUUGCCUUCAUGCUGCACAUGAUCGAUCAGUACGACCCACUAUACUCGAAGCGAUUCGCUGUGUUCCUGUCAGAAGUUAGCGAAAACAAACUGCGACAGCUGAACUUGAAUAACGAGUGGACUCUGGAGAAAAUCCGGCAGAGGAUCACCAAGAACUCGCAAGAGAAACUCGAGCUGCACCUCUUCAUGCUGAGUGGGAUCCCGGAUACAGUGUUUGACCUGCUGGAAUUGGAGGUGCUGAAACUGGAACUGAUCCCUGAUGUAACGAUUCCACCCAUCAUCGCUCAGCUGUCCAACCUGGUGGAGUUGUGGCUUUACCACACACCGGCCAAAAUCGAGGCUCCUGCUCUGGCCUUCCUGCGGGAGAACCUCAAAUCACUACACAUCAAGUUCACGGACAUUAAAGAGAUUCCACUGUGGAUCUACAGCCUGAAGAACCUCAGCGAGCUCCAUCUGACAGGAAACCUCAGUGCAGAGAACAACCGAUUCAUCGUCAUCGACGGCCUAAGAGAGCUCAAGAGGCUUAAAUUCCUGCGGCUGAAGAGCAAUCUCACUAAAUUGCCUCAGAUGGUGACAGAUGUUGGCGUGCACCUGCAGAAACUCUCAAUCAAUAACGAAGGGACCAAACUGAUGGUUCUGAACAGUCUGAAGAAGAUGGUGAACCUGACGGAGCUGGAGCUGGUGCGCUGUGAUCUAGAGAGGAUCCCUCACUCCAUAUUCAGCCUGCACAAUCUACAGGAGAUUGAUCUGAAGGACAACAACUUGAAGACCAUCGAGGAGAUCAUCAGCUUCCAGCAUCUCCACAGACUGGUGUGUCUGAAACUCUGGUACAACCAAAUCGCCUACAUUCCCAUCCAGAUCGGCACCCUCACCAACCUGGAGCGACUCUACCUGAACCGAAACAAGAUUGAGAUGAUCCCAGCACAGCUGUUCUUCUGCAGGAAGCUCCGUUACCUGGACCUCAGUCACAACAACCUGACCAGCAUCCCUCCAGACAUUGGCUUCCUGCAGAACCUGCAGUAUUUUGCAGUUACUGCAAACAGAAUUGAGACAUUGCCUCCUGAGUUGUUCCAGUGUAAAAAGCUGCGGACGCUAAAUCUUGGAAAUAACUGCCUUACGGCGUUGCCUUCACGUUUUGGGGAGUUGACGGGUCUGACGCAGCUGGAGCUUCGCGGCAACCGGCUGGAGGGGUUACCGGUGGAGCUCUCCGAAUGUCGCCUUCUCAAACGUUCCGGGCUGAUCGUUGAGGAAGAUCUCUUUAAUACUCUACCACCAGAGUUCAAAGAUCAGCUCUGGAGAACCGACAAAGAACAAGCCUGAGAAAAUGUGGCCCUUUUGACUAGCAUCCAUAUUUCUUUUACUUCAGUGUUUUUUUUAAUUCUUUUUAUUUGGGAGAGUAAGGGUUAGAUUCUCGUCCAACAUGAAAAAAAGGGCGUAUGAAGGGAAGUUAUGGACAGAAAUGUGCCAUCUGUCUGUAGAUACACACACAUAGACAGAUAUACACACUUAAGGGAUAGUUCACCCCAAAAAAAUUAUAUUCUGACAUGAUUUACUCAUCCUCAUGUCGUUCCAAACCCGUAUGAGUUACUUUCUUCCAUAGAACUCAAAAGGAGAAAUCUUUAAGACUUUCAAGCUUCAAAAAAGGAUGCAAAAACACCAUACAGAAAUCUUAAAAGUGGUCCGAAAGACUUGUAUGCAUUAUAGCACAAGUUUUCCGAUGCCAUACUAUAGCUUUGUUUGAGAAAAAGACCAAAAUUUAAGUUGUUAUUCACUGAAAAUGUUGACUGGCAUCCAAGCGGCGAUUCAUAAAUGAAUCUUUCUUUUCAAUCAGAUCUUUUCAAUGAAUCAGUUGAUCUGGUUCACUACACCAGUCUGAAUGAUUCGUUCAAGAAUCGGACUGAUUUGUUUUUCAAAUUUGACUCCAUUAUACGGUCACAGACGUUAACCACUCACUGGAGAGGAAGAUUUUCAGUGAAUAACGACUUUAAUUUAGCUCUUUUUCUCACAGAAAGUUAUCACGUGACUUCCGAAGUCUUGGAAUAUAGUACGUGAGUUGUAUGGACUACUUUUAGGAUAUUUUAUGGUGCUUUUGUGUCGUUUUUCUGAAGCUUGAAAGUCAAGUUCUCCUUUGGUAGAAUUAUCACAAAAUAAAAAGUUGAAAUUUCUUCUUUUCAGUUCCACAGAAAAAAAGUCUUAGUUUUGGAUCAACAUGAGAGUGAGUAAAUGAUGACAGUAUUUUCAGUUUGGGUGACCUGUUCCUAUAAAUCCAUGUUCUCAUAUACACACACUCUUUGCAAGGUUAAGUCAUUCGUGUACUGCCCUCUACAGGCACGGAGAGGUAUUUACACAAAACUGAUGCCAACAUGGUGAACAUGCAUGUGGGUGCGAGAGCCUGUUUUAGAAGUGGCAUUAUGGGAAUGUUUAGAUAUAACAAGCAAUAUGUGGUUGUGCUUUAUUUACUUAGGAAAGAGUCAACAAAUUAUGAAUGUGCCACUUAUCAAUGUUAUACCAGAUUUUUGCAUAUAUUGUGUUAGAUCUCUGCAAGCCAAUAUCACCCGCAAACACAAAUAGGCAAAUCUCGUGAAACCUGUCAAGAACAUGUCUGAGUCAUAUUUCACCCCAAAAUCAAAAGAAAGUAAUAAGAAAUUAUAUUUAGCUUAAAGAAAUGAAAGACAAUUUAAGGACCGUUGUGAUUUUUUUUCCAUUGCGACAAUGAGUGCGUUUACAUGCACGUUCUUACACCAAUUGUGUGUGGUCAUGUAAACAUUUUCCUUAAUCGAUGUAAGGUCAUAAAUGCCUGAACAACACGUGUAGAUUUUUACCCAUUACGCCGAUUUUGCGUUGCAUGUAAACACCUUAACCGACUUUCUUACCGGCUUAUCCAAUGUGUGCAUGCCUCGUCACGGUUUGACGUCAAAAGCAGAAAAAAAUUUGAUUAUUUCAAAUCUCAUGUAAAUGCGGAUUUCUUGCUUUGUCUGAUUUUUUUUAUUUUUUUAGAUAAGCUGAUUUUUGGAAGUAAUCAGCGUAUUGGUGUGGAUGUAAACGGGCUCAUUAUUUAAUGACAAUUAAGCACAUUUCCCCCCAGUUCUCAUUACCAUAAUGCAAAAACAUCUCGUUCUCAUUACUGUAGUGUGAAAAAAACAAUUGUAUAUUAUUUAAAUUGUAAAGUAUUUACAGUGGAUUACUUAAAAACUGCCUUCGUUUUCAUUACGCAAAAUAUAAUUUCUCAUGUUUUUCUUUUGAUUUUGGGGAGAAAUGUGUCCUGGAAAUGUUUUUUGAUAUUCACCUAAAUGCCAAUAAGAUCAAAUACAAAAUCUGCUAUAUAUACAGUAUAUAUAAAUGCUUUAAAGACUAUGAAUAUGAUGCCACAAACUGAGAACUCAUGAAAAUGACUCCCGAAACAAUCUACAAUGUGUAGAUUUUACACUCCACAGACUCUGCAAAAUACAAACUCUCUGUUGACGAAGGAACAAAACCGCCUUGUUCACACCUGUGCCAUCUUUCGCAACCGUUCGGUGGACUUUAUCGCUUGCGUAUUUGGAUCAGAUGACCAGGACGUCGCACUCCAUUGGACGACUUCUCAAAGGGAAUGAUGAUGGAGUUUUCUGAUGUCAUAAUGACUGUUGUCAUAGCAAUGUUCCCACACUACAAUGGCCUUAACUCUCCUGAGCUGUAUGCAGGAGAUGAUCUCGAAGACAAAGUGUACAAUUUACGUUUGUAAGUUUUAUAGUUUUACAAAAAAAGAGAGAAAGAAAUAAAAAAGCACGGACUGAUGCAAACUGUUUGAAUGUUUGCGAGUAAAACAAUCCUAUGCGGUAAUGUAUCUUUUAUAUACAGUAUAUAUAAGUGUGUGUUCAUAUGAUUUUUAUUUUAUGUUUUUAUUUGAACUUUUAUUUUGUGCAGAGGAUUGCCUAGUGUAUACAGAAUGGCUUUAAACGAAACCAAGUAAAGAUUUCUGAGAAACA